AUGGGCGCGGAGGAUGGCGACGGAGGCAAUGCCAUUCCAGAUAUCACUGCCGGCCAGAAGAUGGUGUCGGCCAUGUCGGGCAGUCUGUUGACGUCGCUGCUUGUGACUCCGCUGGACGUCGUUCGAGUGCGGCUACAGUCGCAAUCAUCCACCAAGGCCACCACGACCACCGUCAGGAACGUCGACUUUUCGAGGCUGAUGCGAACAACCACGAGCCUCACGCCCGUGCAAAGCGCUGAACUGGGCGUCACUGCGUGCUGCCGCGAGGUGUUUUUCGCCGGAGGCUCGAUUGACUACUGUCUCGCCGUCCCCAAGCUUGAAGGCAUUCCGGCACCGAGCGGGAGCAGCGCUGCCGCGGCUGACUGCGCAGUCGAGGAGGUCCAGAGGAAGACAUACAACUCGACCAUUGAUGGACUGCGCAAGAUUGCUCGCAACGAAGGAUUCACAACGCUAUGGAGGGGUCUCUCACCCACCCUUGUCAUGACCAUCCCCGCCAACAUCAUCUACUUCACCGGAUACGACUGGCUGCGAUUCAACCCCGUGAGCCCCUUCUCUGGCUUCUCGGACGACUAUGCGCCCCUUAUUGCUGGAUCUGCUGCCCGACUGGUUGCGGCAACAGCCGUCAGCCCUAUUGAGCUCAUCCGCACCCGUAUGCAGGCUGCCCAUGGUGGGUCAACAACGAACCAUUUGGUAGAAACCUUCAACGGUAUUCGGUCCAUGGUCGCCUCCCAUGGCUACACUUCGCUUUGGCGAGGACUAACGCUCACACUAUGGCGAGAUGUGCCAUUUUCUGGCCUCUACUGGUGGGGAUACGAGUCAAUACGAUCUAGAUUAACAGACCUCCGCGAAGAACGCCAGGGCAGGCCGUUGACCCGCGACACCCUCGACAGCCUUGAGCGCACGAGGGCGCGGCGUCGCUCGCAGAGCCGAGAGAAGCACACGGAGACGUUCCUCGACAGCUUCACUGCCGGUGCCAUCUCUGGUGCUCUGGCGUCGGUAUUGACCAUGCCGUUUGACGUCGGCAAAACGCGCACCCAGAUCUAUCACAACUCUCCCCACCGCGUUGCUGGCGCUGCGCCGGCCCCCGAGGAACAGAACAUGAUUCGGUUGCUGUGGCACAUCUUCAAGACGGAGGGCUUCCCUGGUCUGUGGCGGGGCUGGAUUCCGCGAACCCUGAAGGUAGCGCCGGCGUGCGCCAUCAUGAUCAGCAGCUACGAAGUUGGCAAGCGAGCGUUUCGAGGCAUCAAUGAGCGAGCCCGGGAAGAAAGCUUUGCUAGGAAGAAUUGA